AUGGAGCCGCCAUCGUUGCUUCACCAGGACCACAAAAGCUCGAGCUCCGCUGCCCCGGCGCCCGCACCGACUCGAUCCUCCUCACUGGCAAAGAGCUGGAGCUUGAGCUUCUCGACGGUGACCGUGCUCGAGCCGCAACUGGCACCGGCGGCGGCGCCGGUGGCCCCCGUGGCUUCAUCUCAGGCAUCUUCUUCGACGCCAACCUUCGGUCCAACAGCCUUGGCCUUCGCCUCGUCUUCAGGCUCACGCUUGACCUUGAUCGGCAUCUUCUUGAUCAACACGCCUGCAGCUGUCCUCUUCGGCACGGCCGGGGGAUCCUCAGGAACAGGCUCCGAACGAGGUCUCUUCGUCUUGCUGGCCUUCCGGAAGUGUGGCACAGGUAUGCCAUCCAUACGGGGUCGCAGGAUUACGUUCGGUCUGCCCGGUGACGAACUUCUCGAAUUUCUCUCUCCAGUCUCUCCAGACGGAACCAUUGGAGAAGCAGAAGGAGGGGGUGGCGGCGGGGGCAGCAAUCGACGUCGUGACUGA